AUGAAGGUCAACACAUUCCUCGUCCUCACCCCUCUUGCCACCGUCAUGGCGUCUCCAACCCCUCAAGUCGGAGACACCACCGUCUCGGAGCGCAACCCGCUCGAGGGUAUCGUGCAACGGGAGAUCUGCAGGCACCCGGGCGAGUGCGGCUGGUUCAACUCGGGCCAGUGCGAGUACCACUGCGACGGCUACGGCGGCUUUGACUUCAUGGAGGACUGCGGCUGGAAGAGAAAGAGCUCGAUGCCCAAGGCGCCAUGCUUUUGUGGGAGUGAUGUUGAUGGAAGGUGCAAGUGGCUCGCCAAGUUUCUCUUUCAGGUGCGGUGGAAGACCACGGCCUAG